AGACCCACCGCCUGAGCCCAGAAUUGGGACGGGGAUGUGUGGAGGCCGCGGUUUCUCUUUUCGCUUCCUUCGCGACCUCUACUAUCGGGCCGGCGCCGAGCAACUGCAGGUUUGUUUAUGAUGGAGUGGCAACCUGAUGAACAGGGUCUUCAGCAAGUGUUACAGCUGCUCAAAGACUCUCAAUCACCAGACACGGCAACACAACGGGCAGUUCAACAAAAAUUGGAGCAGCUGAACCAGUAUCCAGACUUCAACAACUACCUGAUUUUUGUCCUGACCAGACUGAAAUCUGAAGAUGAACCAACACGGUCCCUCAGUGGCCUCAUUCUCAAGAACAAUGUGAAGGCUCAUUACCAGAGCUUCCCCCAGGGGGUUGCUGAAUUCAUCAAACAGGAGUGUUUAAAUAACAUUGGCGAUGCCUCCCCACUCAUCAGAGCAACCAUAGGCAUUUUGAUCACUACCAUUGCUUCAAAGGGAGAGCUGCAGGCUUGGCCAGAGCUGCUUCCUCAACUCUGUAACCUGCUCAACUCUGAAGAUUACAAUACAUGUGAGGGUGCUUUUGGAGCUUUGCAAAAGAUUUGUGAGGAUUCUUCUGAAAUGCUGGACAGUGAUGCUUUGAAUAGACCUCUUAACAUCAUGAUUCCCAAGUUCCUGCAGUUUUUCAAACAUUGUAGUCCCAAAAUCAGAUCCCACGCAAUUGCUUGUGUGAAUCAGUUCAUCAUCGGCAGGGCCCAGGCACUCAUGGACAAUGUCGAUACUUUCAUUGAGCACCUAUUCGCAUUGGCAACAGAUGAGGAUUCAGAGGUGAGAAAAAAUGUAUGUCGGGCACUGGUAAUGCUGCUGGAAGUUCGAAUAGAUCGCCUUAUCCCGCACAUGCACAGUAUAAUCCAGUACAUGUUGCAGAGGACGCAGGACACUGAUGAAAAUGUAGCGCUGGAAGCGUGCGAGUUCUGGCUCACACUGGCUGAACAGCCGAUCUGCAAGGAGGCCCUAUCAGGACAUUUGAUCCAGUUGAUUCCUAUUUUAGUGAAUGGGAUGAAAUACUCAGAGAUUGACAUAAUCCUUUUAAAGGGUGAUGUGGAAGAGGAUGAUACAGUCCCAGACAGCGAGCAGGACAUAAAGCCCCGUUUUCACAAGUCCCGCACAGUUACCCUGCAACACGAGGAGGAUGCUACCGAGGAAGAUGAGGACUUUGAUGACGAUGAUGACACACUCUCUGACUGGAACCUGAGGAAGUGCUCAGCUGCUGCACUGGAUGUCCUGGCCAAUGUUUUCCGAGAUGAUCUUCUGCCUCACCUUCUGCCGCUGCUGAAAGGAUUGUUGUUCCAUCCAGACUGGGUUGUUAAGGAGUCUGGAAUCUUAGUUUUGGGAGCAAUUGCGGAAGGUUGUAUGCAAGGGAUGGUUCCAUACCUCCCGGAGUUAAUCCCGCACCUCAUUCAGUGUCUGCCGGAUAAGAAAGCACUGGUGCGCUCGAUUGCCUGCUGGACAUUGAGUCGCUAUGCACACUGGGUUGUCAGUCAGCCACCAGAUCAGUACCUUAAACCACUGAUGACUGAACUUCUGAAACGAAUCCUGGAUGGAAAUAAGCGUGUGCAAGAGGCAGCAUGCAGUGCAUUUGCUACAUUAGAGGAAGAGGCCUGCACUGAGCUUGUGCCAUAUCUCAGCUACAUCCUUGAUACACUGGUAUUUGCCUUUGGAAAGUACCAGCACAAGAACCUACUGAUCUUGUAUGAUGCUAUUGGCACUCUGGCUGACUCCGUUGGACAUCACCUCAAUCAGCCGGAAUACAUCCAGAAGCUAAUGCCUCCACUCAUUCAGAAAUGGAAUGAACUCAAGGAUGAAGAUAAGGAUCUCUUCCCUCUGUUGGAGUGUCUCUCAUCAGUGGCCACAGCUCUGCAGAGUGGCUUCCUCCCUUACUGUGAGCCCGUUUAUCAGCGUUGUGUCACACUUGUGCAGAAAACACUAGCCCAGGCAAUGAUGUACAAUACUCAGCCAGAUCAGUACGAGGCUCCGGACAAGGACUUCAUGAUUGUGGCACUGGAUCUGCUGAGUGGCUUGGCAGAGGGGCUCGGUGGCAAUGUAGAGCAGCUGGUUGCUCGGAGUAACAUCAUGACUCUUCUAUUUCAGUGCAUGCAGGACACCAUGCCAGAGGUUCGUCAGAGUUCGUUUGCACUUUUAGGAGACCUCACCAAAGCCUGUUUCCAGCACGUUAAACCAUGUAUAGCUGAGUUCAUGCCAAUCUUGGGAACCAACCUGAACCCAGAGUUUAUUUCUGUGUGCAACAAUGCCACCUGGGCAAUUGGGGAGAUCUGCAUGCAGAUGGGUGCUGAGAUGCAGCCAUAUGUUUCACUAGUCCUGAAUAACUUGGUGGAGAUCAUCAACAGACCAAACACUCCCAAGACUCUGCUUGAAAACACUGCCAUAACCAUUGGUCGCUUGGGUUAUGUGUGUCCUCAGGAAGUAGCACCCAUGCUGCAGCAGUUCAUCAGGCCAUGGUGCACGUCUUUGAGAAACAUCCGUGACAAUGAAGAGAAGGAUUCUGCAUUCCGUGGGAUCUGUAUGAUGAUUGGAGUGAAUCCAGGGGGUGUAGUACAAGAUUUCAUCUUUUUCUGUGAUGCUGUUGCGUCAUGGGUGAGCCCAAAGGAUGACCUGCGUGAGAUGUUUUACAAGAUACUGCAUGGAUUCAAGGAGCAGGUUGGUGAGCAGAACUGGCAACAGUUUUCUGAACAGUUCCCACCACUUCUGAAGGAGCGGUUGUCUGCAUUCUAUGGCGUAUAGCUGAAGUUAAGGGACGUAAAUGUCAGGUUUCUGUUGCUGGGAGGGCUACUGGGAAAUCAUCCACAUCUAGGAGUUGCACUACCCUGUCAAUGGGGGGUUAGGGUGGAGUUGGUGGGACUAAAUAAAACACCCCCUUUCUCCGGAAAUAUCGGGGGAAAACUGCCUCUAAACCAGAGCAAACGGGAUUAAUUAGGCUGAAAGAUCUUGCACGCCUUCUCUCUGAAGAGGCAAUUGCCACUACACACGGGAUAAUCCAAAGAUUCCCGAGGGUCAAAUCUCUCAGUUGGACAACUCGGGAGGGGGCAAAACGUGUGGGGGAAAUUUAGGGAAAAAAAUUUAAAAUAUAGGCAAGCUUAGUGAAGAAUUCCAAAAGAUUAAUAAAAUUGGCUAGGUUUAAACAGCCUUGUCCAUCUAAAUUUGGGUAACACCAAGUCUGAUGCUUGUGCCGUGGUUUAAGAGUAGAGGUUUUUAAAAGUUAAACAUUUUUUUUAACACAUUAAAGCUAGAAAGCAUACAGAGCUUUGUACUGUUGCAUAGAUACCCCAGCAGUCAUCUAAAAAGAGAGUCACUGUUUCAAGCUAGACUGCAUGGUGGUGAGCUGUAAUAGUUUAGUGAUCUCUGAAUAGAAUGUAACGAUCCAUAACGUGUGUGUAUAGAUCAAGGCUUCACUAUCAUUUCCGAUGGUUUGUAACAGAUUGGUCCAAUGUGGAGUGGCGCUCAGCUUUCUACUCCCCUCGAGCCUGGAAGUGAGCAGGAGAGAUCUGGGGAGGGGGUGAAAGCCUGUACCUUGAUCCUAUAAUGAAGCAUGUCUGUACUGUCGGGCUCUGGCAAAUGCCCUGUUAAACAAUGAACUGUUUGAGUUUGCUCCUAAUUAUUUUUUGUGAUAAUGUGCUGCUGCGCGCUUAUCUUUUUUAAAAAAAACUGUAAAUUGAAAUGGCAAGUGUUCAAAAAGAGAAACUUUUUUUUAAAAAAUAUACCCUUGGUAGGACCUGUGACUUUUUUAAAUGUUCUAUAGUUGAUUCCAUGUUCCUGAACUGCAGUUUGAUACAGGUUUGCCAUUGGUAGAGACUAGUGGGAGAUAGUCGCCCUUUAAGCAGAUGAGGGACUAACUGAGCUGCUGCAUUAGUGGGUGGUGAUGGGAAGUACCACUGGUGUCUCACUAGCCACAAAUGGCUGGGAAAUGGAUAAGUUGUAUCCUAGGUGGUUUCAUUACUGUGGCAUCACAUUUGGUCAGUGUAUUGUCUGAGAUUUUGUGCUUGCAGAGUGGGUACUUGCAAUUAGGACUUUGGGCAAUUUCUUCCCAAUUUAGGCAAAUAAUGGGUAGUGGUGGCUUCACACUAGUUCUCGUGUUUGCUUUUUAAACUUGUUAUUGUCAGAAUGGUUCUGAAUUUGAUCACUGGCAAUCUCCUCAUUAUAGAUCCUACUCACUUGAAGACCUGUCCAGGCAUUGUAGGACUGAGCCCUGUGGCAAAAUAGCUCAGUGAGUAACUCAUGAAACAGCUUCACUCCCAAGUCCUGCACAUCUGGUGUAGUAUUUUGUGCAGAGAUUAAUGUGCCAUUUUUAAGAAUUUUUAAAUGGCCCAUUUCCUCUCUAGUGAUGUUCAGUUCCAUAAAGCCCAAGGGCUUGCAAUGCCUUUGCUACCUGUUUGUGAGCAUUGUGCUUUUUGUCUGUCAAACCUGAACCCGUCCUGCCAUGGACUCUGAUCUCUGAAGCACUGUGUCACUGCUUUGGUGUGGACCAGGUAGAGAUUUCCAGCACCACAUCUCCUCUCCCAAAAAAUACUGAAGUGCUGUAAAACUGGUUUACUAUGACAUAGAUACAAAUUCCCACGUUUGUUGUGCACUCACUGGAUCUCUGGCUAUGUUGGCCAGUGUGAACCGUUAUUACAGUAUCCAUUAUUCUUGGCCGGGGGAGUAGUGGUGGUGUUAGUUCCAAGCCUGUAACCAUUCCUGUCCGUCCUGUGUUCUCUUGGCAGGUUUGUUCCUUGUGGGAAGUUCUUUUGUAAAAUUCUUUCCAACAAUUAAGUGAAGUUCUAGGGACACAAUUAAAAUUGAUGGUCACGUUUGCCCAGAUUCUGGGUGUCUCCUACAUUAGAGUUAGGCAAGAUGCUCUGGGCUUCAUUCCUCUGGUGUUUGUGUUUCCAAUAAGCUCAAAGUGAAAGAUUUUUGUCUCUGAAUUGUUGGGAUUCAUGUUCCGGUUAAUGUGAUGAGAAUACUCGUUUGCAGGUGAAGAAUUUGACUGAAGAAUGAGGAGUGUCUAGUUCCAAGCUGCCCAGAGGACAGUGUGUGUGUAGGCUCUGGUCACGAGUGCAUGGGGCCAGGCAAUAGAUCGUGUUCAAACCCUUGAUGUGUAACAGGACUUGGUGUUAGCAGGUGAUCUACUUCGUGUUAGCAGGUUAUAAUAGAGCAGGAAUUUUGGACCAGUCCCAAUUACAAGUUUUUCAUUUCUUUGUCCAUCUGCCCCUAAUGUUGGAAUUUCAUUCCUUGUUUCUUUUUUACCUUCAAGUUUGUCUUCUGUUUGACUUCCUACAAACAUUCCCAGAAAUAACAUUACUGCCCCUCCCCCCACCCCCAGAAGGAUAUUUCUGAUCUAUUUUUGUUCAUUUCUAGAGUUUUAAGUGGCAUUGGGUAGUUAGCGCUAUCUGGCUGCUGUCACAGACCCUGACAUGUCUAAAAGAAUCUGCCAUUGCCUGGAGGGACACCAACCUGCCAGGAAUUGACUGAUUUUAGCUUGCCAGUGCAUGGGUGUGGAAUUCCCUUUGGGCAAAAGAGAUGGAACUGAGAGCUCAGGUCUCUUCUAUGAAGCAAGUCUAAAUCUUUACCAGCAAUCACCAAGUCUAGGAUUGGGCUGCAUUUUGUGUGGCUUGCAAUGGGCCCUGAAGAAAGCUGUGCUUGGAGUACCUGCCAAUAGAUUGUGUGUUAGUUGUGAGUCUGUGUUUUAAUUUAUUAAUGUUUAUGUUUAGCCGUGGCUCUCUACAGUAGCAGUAAGUAGGCGAGAGUGAGCUUUGAAGGUGAGCGAAUCUAUUGGAGGGUUUGUGGUGCUCCUCUGCCAUGAUACCUAGAAGCAAACAGUUGGCUUUAUCUGGCUGUACCUCAGACUGUCUGAGCACUUGCAGACUGAAUGUUGCAUGCUCAAUGUGGUGCAUACCUUCCUUAAAUGUUAUUCAUAGAUGUAAACAGCAAUGUAUCUUUGUCAUGCUGAUGUAAUCAAGAUGUAGCCUGAGUAUAUUGUUUGAAGACCCAAAAUGGGAAGGUGGUGUUUUUGGGGAGGGGGGAGGAAAGGGAUAAUUGGGGAUGUUAGUUGACAGAGCACUGAACAGAUAUCGAGCUGCUUUGUUUUAACUGUGUGACCAAGAGGUUUUUGGUAUAUUUUUGCCUCUUCACUCACUGCCAUUUCCAUGAGUGAGGUUACACCCAAAAAGUCAAAAGCCUACACCAGGCCUCGUUGGCUGAAAAGCCUACACCAGGCCUCGUUGGCUGAAAGGUAUUCUUCCAUUGUUUGAUGGUGUUUCCUGCAAGCAAUUGGAAUUAAGGCAGAGGUGAGAUUCCCCUCAGUGGUCUGCAGAGCAGUCAUUUUUCCUGGGGAGGGAGGGAGAAGCAAAGUGGGAACUCAUCUGGAAACAAGCAUUUUUAUAGGGGUGUCUGAACUAAAUUGUAUUAUAAAUUAUGGAUGGGGGGGGUGGGGGAGAACCCAUUGGAAAAUUUGUAGGGGUUUGAAUUCCAGGUCCCCUUUCCUCUAGCUGAGAGUCAAGCAGCAGCAUUUGCUGUGGUCUGCUUCCUGCUUAUGCCAGGUACUGGUCUGACCAAUGUGACUGAAGUUGGGCAGAGAUGAAGACGGAAUUGGAAUUUCACUGCUCCUUGGUUCCACUGAUGUUGGUUGCAGAUCCUCAUUCUGGUUGCAGACGGUGGGUCCCAUGCGCAGAGUUGGAGUGGACGAAGGAUUGGCACAUUCUCUAGCCUUCCAGUUGGGAUGGACCCUUGUGCCUGUGGGUUGUCCUGUGGUGUGGAUCACCAAUAAGGAAGUGGGUUGUGCCAGUGUACUACAUACUGUAUUGUGUUAACAAUAUCACUGACACUAAUCUCAAUGGCUUGUAAAAGGUGGUUUAACUUGACUCUUUUGUCAAAAGUAAAUUAGUUACCAGUUUACACAACUGAAAACUAACUGUUGACUGUUUUAACAGACCUAUUUAGGAGUAUUUUUGUGGGAUUUGAGUUUACAGAAUGGGUUGAGAGUAAAAACACUGUCUAAGCUGUGAAAGCUGGUUCAGACAAAGAAAGUAUCUGAGAAAAAGCCAAUCUCCCCAUUGUAUCUUGCCGUGCCCUGCUGCCUGUUCUUGCCAGCACCUGUUUGCAUUCAAAUAGAAAUUCUCAAUGACUGCCUCUGCAUUGCUGCCGUUGUGGUGACACAUUCUUCUGAGAAAAUCCAAACAGGAGACUUUUUAAAACAACCUUCAUUCACUAAAGCUGUGCGGUCUCCAAUGAAAGUGGGAAGGCAGUCUGUUCUUGAUGGCAAGUCUGUCCAGUGAGUGAGCCAUACCAAGUCUGGCCUAAUUAAAAUAGGUGCUCUCUGGUCUGCAUGCAGGGAAGCUCUCACAGGUGUGCUGUUCUGUCAAUAAAACUUAUCACAUUGGGUGCUCAGAGGGGAUGAAUGCUUUUCUCAGAUGCUCUUAUUGCUGAACCUAUGACUGAAACUGACCCCUCCCUGAACUCCUGUAUAAGUGUUAUGCUGUUGCCUCCUUUUAACUUUGAGUUGUAUAUUUGUAAAUGUGCAGUGUGUUUCCUGUGAAUUGAUCAGUGUAAUGCCGGCCGUUUGCACCUUUGCUCAACUGAGAUUUUUUUUCUCAUUUUUAUAUAAAUUUGUUUUAUUUUUUUUCCUUUAUGGACUAAAAUUGGUUUCUUGUGACUCUA